UUCCUCUUUCUUAUCGCCUUCACCCUCCUUCUUUUCGCCACCUGCGGCUGGGGCUGCUCCUCCGGCAGCUGCACCACCUUCUGGUUUCUUCUUUCCACCACACUGUAUCAAUACCACCAAACAUACAAGCAACAUUUGAGCCAUGGUGACGAACUGAAAACACAAAAGUGUACGAUCUUUCUAAACGCCAACAACCUCACAGGAAAUACUUCAUGGGUGUGGGUGUGUGCCAGAUCGCUCCAAACCUACUGGCCUAACGCCAGGUACGCGGCGAAGGGCCAAAAUCGCCGCGAACUGAGCGACGAUCUUGAGCGGCAUCCCAUCGUGUUGGUACUUGUUUGCAGUUCCUCAUAA